CGCGCUGCGCCGCGGCCGCGCGCCACGUGAGCGCCCGCCAAGAUGGCGGCGUGCGCGGCGGCGGUGGCGGCGGGGGGCGCGGCCGGGCGGCGGCGGGCGGCGGCUCCGCGGGCGGUGGUGGCCGCCGCCCUGGCGGCGCUGGGCUGGCUGCAGGCGGCGCGCGGCGCCGGGGAUCCCUUGAACGACGAUUUGUUACGGCCGUACUUCCCCUCCCGCCACGGCCCGCGGCACCACCACAGGUACGUCAGAGACUGUCAGCCCAUCAAGCACGGCAACAUGACGUACGAGUCCUGGCCCGGCGACGAGAGGACAGAUGUUCCCGUGGCUACUACACGAACGUUUGUUUCUUACGUCCCCGCUGCGGGUGAGAAUCGCAAAGUGGUCUACGGCCACUUCACUUUUGUGAGAAACCCCCUGAGAACUGUCUCUGUGUUAGAGCCCGGUGGCACAGGAGGCUGCCAAGCUCACCGCAGAGUCCCCGUGGAAGAGACCGCACAGCUUGGGAAGUGUCUGGUGGCCCAAAAUGGCGGGUACUUUGACAUGGGAACGGGGGAGUGUCUUGGGAACGUUGUGAGUGAUGGAAGGCUGGUGAGAAAUGCCAGAGGCCUGCAAAACGCUCAGUUCGGCAUCCGGAAGGAUGGCACCAUGGUGUUCGGUUACCUGUCUGAGGAAGAUGUCUUGGAUCAAGUGAACCCUUUUGUGCAGCUUGUGAGCGGGGUAGUUUGGCUCUUGAGAGAUAGGGAAGUGUACAUCAAUCAGAGUCGAAUGGCUGAGUGUGAUGAAACUCAAACCACAGGAACCUUUGACAAGUUCAUCAAUGUGAUAUCAGCCAGGACUGCUGUCGGACAUGACAGCGAGGGGCAUCUGGUGUUGGUUCAUGUGGAUGGACAGACAGAAUCCAGAGGGCUUAACCUCUGGGAAAUGGCUGACUUUUUGAAGCAGCAAGGAAUCAUCAAUGCUAUCAACCUGGAUGGUGGAGGCUCUGCAACACUUGUCUUAAAUGGGACCCUUGCAAGCUACCCAUCAGAGCACUGCUCCUUUGACAACAUGUGGCGUUGCCCUCGAAGCAUCUCAACGAUUAUGUGUAUUCAUGAGCCAGCCUGCGAGCCUGCAGACUGCAGUGGUCACGGGGUCUGCGUGCAAGGGAGGUGCAACUGUACUGGGGACUUCUGGAGAGGCCCUGCCUGUGACAUCUUGGACUGCGGCCCUUCCAACUGCAGCCUGCAUGGCGUCUGCACUGACUCUGGAUGCCUGUGUGAUGCUGGCUGGACUGGCAGCAACUGCAGUGAAGCUUGUGCUAGUGGUUUCUAUGGGGAUGCUUGCACCCAAAAGUGCCUGUGCCAGAAUGGUGCCCUGUGUGACCCCGUGCAUGGUGCCUGCUCCUGCCCGGCUGGGUACUACGGCACCAGCUGUGAGCAAGCAUGCCCCAUGGGCUGGUAUGGGCUAAACUGCCAGAAACUAUGUGCAUGUGAACACAUGUGUCCCUGUGACCGAGUGACAGGCAGCUGUAACAUCACCUAUGAAUUGGCAAUACAGGACCAGUUAAACAAAGCUGGGCGAUGUCUGGCUUCCCGGAGCAAAGAUAAAUUCUCUCUGUCAGAAAGAACCUGGAUCGCCAUAACCAUCAUGUUGACUCUGCUUCUUGCAAUUAGUGCUCUGGGAAACAUAGGCCUUUUUCUCAAAGCAAGAUCAGAGAGGCAACAUGGAAGUGGGGACUACCUCUACCACCCCCUGAGGGAGAUGAACGGAGAAGCCAGUCAUACCUCUGCCUGUGAGGCAGAAGAUGCUCAGGACCAGAGUCAGGCACUCCUUUAAGGUCAUGGCUGGAAAGAAACAUAAGCCUGUGUGCUCUGCUCAGCCGUGUGACCGACCUGCCACUGAGGGACCAGAACCCGUGUUGUCCCCAUCUGGAGAAUGGGAGAGCACAGCAGCCCAGUGUGGCCAGCAUGACACAGCCCCAUCCCAGCAUGGUCAUCGCAUGCUUUACCACCUCCAGGCUGUCCGCAGCAAACAGCACAGUCUUCACAGCAAUGAGCAGCAGCUGCUGCAGAAACUGCCCCUCCCUCCUCAGAGAUGAAGGCUGCCACUGGGGAGCUGGGGCCACGUUCAGCCAGUUUUUCAAGCAACCCAAGGUACAGAACAUCUCAGCUGGGAAUCAGCCAUUUUUGCUAGAAUACAUUCUUGCACAAUACAUUCAAAAAUACAUAUUUAAGUUUGCUUCCUUGUGAAGAAAACUAGCGUUUAAUAUGCUACUUUAGUGCUGCAAAUUAGUUUUUUUAAAGCCUAUCUGAGCCUGAAUAUUAAAAUGUUGUAUGCACUCUAUUUUUAUCUCUUCAAGCAAUGGAUAUGUAAUUUUUGUGCCAUAGUUGGCAUCAAAUCAAGCUGUACACUGAAGAUUCUAUUUUUUUAUUAUUUACAGAAGACUCUUUGAAACUUGAAUAAACUCAGUUAGUAUUAA